CUUAUUAGCUUGUUUAAUUUGAAAUAAAAGUCAAGUAUUUGUAAUGCAAAUUUUGGUGUACAUUUGAAAAAUUACCCCUGGGAAAAUGGCCAAUGCUACUUUCCAUAAUACACUUAAUCGUCAGCAUUCCAGCUGCACAACUAGAAGUCGUACAUUACCGUUUGCGGAGGAUUGCCGAAAACGAAGGAAAGUCUUGCUCAAAUCCAUUUUUAAACUUUUAGCAAAAGCCGAGGUCAGUGCAUGCAAUGCGAGAAGUAAUGAGACAAUUCAAUCUAUACAGCAGUGUAAAAAUUGGUUGGCUGAUUUCUUGAAAUCAUUGCAACAGACGAAACAAGGCUUAGUUCAAUUUGGGCCGGUGUCUUCAAAUAUUGAGGUUAUGCCGCAUAACUCAAGGACCGGGCGAAUAUACAUUGACAAUCUAAGGAAGUUAAUACGUAGCUAUAAUAAAUAUCUAGAUUCUAGCCAUCCCAGGGCGCAUAAGGUUAAAAUGAAAAGGAAAUUUAAUAGAGUUUUGACAGAAAAUGUGGAAGCUAUGCGAUAUGUUAUUCAAAUGAUGGAAGUCUUCAUCCGUAAAGCUACUAAAAUAAUGAAACAAAAGAAAGGAAGUUCGGAUUCAUUCCGAAGCGAACCGCUAAUAAAGAUGUUCAAAUCGCAACUCAAACAGACAAAGUCCCAAGAAAGUCGGGAUUAUAGCGAUAACAAAUCUGAGGAUGAAAAACAGAGUGUUUGGUCAUCCGCGAACGUUGGGGCAUCAAUUUAUGAUUUACAUAAAGCUAUGUUACUUUCGGGAAAUAGGCCAUACACUUCGAAUCAGGACAGGAGGGUUCCUUUGAUGAACCGAUGCUUGCCGGAAAAAAGCCCAUGCUAACGCCGUCUUUCACUAAGGGAACCGCAUUCGCGGAACAAGUUGAUUUCUAUUCAAUGGAAAAGGCAGCCUCUGUCAUAAUUUACUAUUUAUUUGCUAGCAAAGCAGCGCCUUUUGAGAUAAUAACCAAAAAUUUGCAUGAGCCUAGACCAGGUGACGAGCAUCUGGAGGAAGUGUGGCGGGAUUUGAUUACUGAGCAUAAUCGGAUGAUGUUAUUUCCAGGCAAGCGUAAUCUUUCCCAAAUGCAAGAUGAGCUCACCACAUUUUAUUUAAACAAUUUGCAAUUGGCGUUCCAAGCGCAGCUCACUAACCAAACUUUGAAUAAAAGCUCUAAAAAAUUGGGUGGCGUAUUCCAUAACAAUAGGAAUUUUGUUUUGGAUAUUAAACAAAUGCCACUCGGGAAAUUAAGUUUCCACCACUUGCUGUGUGACGCACAGAUGAGAAAACUAAGGAGAUCGCUUUAUAACCCAGACAUUCCGAACAUGCUCAAGCUGCUUAUAGCGGAAGAAUUGCCAAGGACAAAGUCGACUCAAGAGCUGUUGAAACUGUAUGAAAACGAUCCGCAGCAUUAUAAUGUACUUCUAAUGUCGUGCGACCAUAAUAUCACUCACAAGGGCGCCAGUUUGUUGAAUUUUAUUGAGCACAAGUUUGCAAAUUUAAAGGAUAAGUUAGCGCGCCAAAAGAGACGUAGUGGACUAAAACUCACUUGUACUAAUCCGGAUCGGAGUGUCAACUCUGAAGAAAAGUCUGCCUCGCCCAUCACGAGAAAUGAGUUUGUUCUAGAUGACGAGUACUGCAGAGAGGUGAGAGAGAAGUGGGUGAAGUACUUUGCCCAACUGGAAAAAACGCCAACAAUGCUUCAUCUCGAAGAGGAACGUCGGAAGAAAAUAGAGCGCGCCAAAGAACUGAAAGAAGAGCGCAGGCUUCAGAGACUGGAGCUGGCGAAUAGCCGCAGGAAGAGCAGACCCAUUACGGCACUCUAUACCUCACCCCGUCUCACCCAUCGUAUGCGAGAGGCUAUCAAUCGCCUUGCCGAAGAAGCCCGCCUGACUCCUGCGGAAUUUGCAAAUCUGAGUCAAUCCGAACCAAACGCUCCGUCAAACACUUCGGUUGCAUCCAGAGAGGAAUAUGAGACUGGACCAACACUUGCAGAUAUCAUUCUAAACUCGGAGUCAAUGACUAGUUGCUGCAGCAAAUGUCGCGAUCAGCCGGAUAUUGUGCAUUACGGCCCGGUACUCGAAAGAUUCUUUCGCACACACGAAGAGAUAAUAGCUCAUGGUAACAAGUUAUGUAAUUCACCAGAUGAAGAUACAGAUUUUCGUGAAAUCCACUAUAAGGAAUGAAACC